ACUCACUAGUUCAUUCACCGGCUGAUAAGAAAAAUAUAUUGAGAUUUGAUUCUCGCAAAAUACUUGGUUUUCUUCGGCGAAAUCUUUUGCGGAUCGUUUAUUUUAAAGAAUUAAUAUCGACAAAAACAUGCCUGAACUCAGCACAGAUCUCCAGCAGGCCAUAGAUUCCAUCAGGUCCGCAUUAGGGAACACAAUCUCUCAAAAGAAACUGUUUCAAAACAACGCCGUUAUUGCCAAAAACCAAAUCCAAGAUGACAUCAGCUUCCACUUAGAGCUGCUGAGAAACAGGGAAGUUUGGCUUCUCGAACAGGUGGACAUCCAUGCUCAGAUUAAAGAAGAAGCAUUCGAGAGCCACCUUAACAAGCUAUGCGUUUUGCUUGCAAAGUUAGAAGCCUACCAGCAGCUUUUGGAAGCACAAGAAUUGCGAGAAAACCUGGAGAUCAUCAGUCAGGCCGAGGAGAUCAUUUUAAGGUUAAAAAGCGAGGCCUCGUAUUUUGAUGAGACAACAGGAAUUUGCUUUUCCGCCGGUAAUUUUUCUCUCUCUGAUGCGGUGAAGAAGUUUGGAAAGAUAUUGGAUGCAGAGCCAUGCGAGGAGACUGAAAAAACGCCGAAAGGUAACAAGAGGAGGAAAGACACAGCUCGUGAAAUCCUUUUCAUUCAAGAGCACUUCAAAAGAGUUGCUAAUUCUCCGCAAAAGAAUUGGCUUAUGGCCGGUGCUGUGUGUCACGAGGCUAGAAAAGAUUUUGGGACUGUUUGGAAGCACUAUGAAGAGCUCAAGAAGUCAGAUAAAAAAGAAUGGUUGUACAAGAAACGCCAGCCAAUGGAUUUGGAAACGGUUGGAAAUCGCUUCGAGGCUCAUUUUCAAGAAGUGAAAUCCACUCCAGCCAAUGACUGGCUGCAGAAUAUCCCGAGCAAAAGCGAUGAAAGCGAGAUUUCUUCUGGAUUUUCCUACCGUAGCAAAUUGGAUACCUCUGAAAAUAUCAAAGCCUGGAUAUUGAGGCCGACGGAAGGUCUGUCGCGUUCGUCAAAAGACGACGACCUUCUCGACGAGGGAAUCUCACUUUCCCGCCAUUGUAGCGUUGAGCCGAAACUUGUUAGUGAAAAAUACCACGGAAAAGCGUCUUGGUUGAUGGAUGAAAAGCUCUCGAAAAGAUCUAAAGAAGAUUCGCGGGAAAUCUCCACGAGCGACCAGCUCGACGACGAUUGGCUGAUUGGCGGCUACACGUCAUCGAUGACGUCAUAUUCUCCAUCCCAAACCGGAAGCUGGCUGCAACGUUUCCGAGACUCGAACGAUAGUGGCACGAGCGAUUGGCUGAUCGUGUCGGAAAGCGAACCCGAGCCGGAGUAUUGCGAAUGGUUGACUCGGGAGUCCAUUGAGCGAUGCAAAAGCUGUUCAGCUGACUGCCCAAAGGAGACCUUUGGAGUGUUUCGAAAUGUUCUGACCAGCUCGAAAAACGAGUGGUUGGCAACAGCAACAGAUUGGUGAAAAAAUUUGAACGAAAUUUUGAAUGAAAUCUGCCUGACACGCAGCAUAUAUUUUUCCUUUCUUUCUAGGAUUUUGAAAACACGUUUCUCAAAUUUACUUUAAAAUGAUCGGUGCAAUUGGGACAAAUAAUAUGUUAACCGGUUGGAAGUUAUUUAACAUAAAAUAGGAUUGAAAAUACAAAUAAAAGAAA